UGUUUUGAUUCUGGACGUUCUGGACACAUGGAUGGACCCACAUGCUGAAUGAUUAUGCAUAUACAUUGAAUUUGAUAUUGGUGAAUAAAUCUAGACAUCCCCUCCACCCCAUAUACGACUUGACGCUUUGAUCAUGUGGACCCACGAAAUAGAAACAGUGGAGGCCAUCCAAGGCGUCCUCAACGAGCUCGAUUGCUCGGAUAUCUGUCGUCGUUGCGUAUUGCGUUUAGCCGGGGUGAAGAAGUCCCACGAAUUCCUAAAGGUGGCCGAUCCACCCACUCCUGCCACCGAUCAGGAUCCCACGGAACCCGAGUCCAAAAAGGCCAAAUUAGCUGAGGCUCCGCUUUCCAUUCCACCCUGUUGUCGGGCGUGUCUGGGCAUCAUGCAAGACUCCAUCAUGGCCGAGGCUUUGAGUCAGAUUGGCCCUCAAUUGACCGACUGUCCUUUUGACGCUGACCACUUCACUUUGGCCGUGUCCGUGCCCACGUCCCUGGCUUUGCGCGAGCACUCGCUCAAACUGAUCUUGACGGACCGUGUCCCGGGCUUCUUCGAGGGUUGCGUGGUGCCCGUGAAACAGGCUUGGAAGUGGAUUAACGGCCCUAAAUUCGAAGCUGUCAUGGGCAAGAAGUUCGUGACGGGCGAUAGUUGCCAGUUCUUUGUCGAGUUCCAAGUCACUUUAGCCGAGGAUGAAGCCGAAAAGGCGUGUUUAGUGGACAUGUGCAAAUUGGAGUACCUUCAACGACAACACAAACAGAAAACCUAUCAUAUGGGUUUGGUCACUCGAGUGGCUCUGGAGAAAUCCUUGCAGGAUGUGAGCGAUGAGCAAUUUCGAAAGCAUUAUCCGGUCCCACCUACCCGACCCUUAUCCCGAUUUCAACCCGAUGUCAAGAUGACGCACAACAGUAUUUUCUUGGCUGGACGAUAUAAUAAAUAUUCGAGAGAACUCCCACAAACUCCGUGGCUUGUGGAUGGCGAGCGAAAAGCAGAGUCUUCGGUAGAGGAGCUCAUUAUCUCCGACAUCAAGGAGGCCUUGGUCUUUGACUCGACGAAUUUCAGCUCCUCUGGACGUGAAGAUGUGGACGUGCGAAUGUUGGGUGAUGGUCGGCCUUUCUUAUUCGAGCUCACAAAUCCCAGACAGACCAUGUUCAAGCCGGGAGAGCUAUACGAGAUACAGAAGAAGAUCAACGCCCAUUCCAAGAUUGUUCAAGUGCACGACCUUCAAUUAGUGAAAAAGGCUGAAACGAAUCGAUUGAAAGAAGGAGAGGAUCAGAAGACGAAAACGUACAAUGCCCUCUGUCGUCUUUGUCCUGGGAAAAAUUCUACUAACCUCAUGUCGAUGACGGAUAUCAAGGCCAAAUUAGAGCUCAUCAAGAACUUGGAACUGAAGCAACGCACGCCAAUCAGGGUACUUCAUCGUCGUCCUAAUGCCGUUCGUAAACGAAGUGUGUAUUUCAUGGAAGUGACCCCAUUGACCUCGGACCAAUUCAAACUGAGACUCUCGACUCAAGCUGGAACUUACGUUAAGGAAUUUGUUCAUGGAGACUUUGAUCGGACGAUCCCGAAUCUGAGCUCGAUUCUGGAGACAGAGGUGGAUAUUCUAGCUCUGGAUGUGGAGAAAAUCGACUUGGAUUGGCCGGCCAAAACUCAUCCGUCGUGAUACAUUGUGUCUCCUGUCUUCUUCUCCUUGUUGCUAACCUAACGGUUUGAACGAAAUAAAUGCGAAUUCUUUCACAUCCGGCAACAUCACA